ACAGGAAACACGUGAACGCAACUUAACUUUGUUUCCUGUGGAAGUUUCUUCAGAGUCGUGUUGCCUUCACGGUCCUCACUCACUCACUCACUCACUCAUUCACUCAUUAAUGAGCGGAAGUGACUAAAGUUCAGGAACAUGAAGAAACUUCUUAACGGCUGGUGACGUCAUCACGGUGUUUUCCUUUAUUUCGCGGUGGAGUCCGUGGAGUAUGUGGCGGCUCUUCUCUCUCCGUGAGUCCGCUCUCAGUGACGUGUUUCCCGGCCACAGAGCGUGGAGCUCCGCGGCGGCGCUGCUGCUGCUGCUCUCCGUGUUUGCUGCGUGUUCCCGGGCAGAGGAGCAGCAGGAGGAGGCGUCCUGUCACGGAGCUUAUGACCUCUACUUUGUCCUGGACAAGUCUGGAAGUGUUUCAACCGACUGGAUGGAGAUUUACUCGUUUGUGAGGAACCUCACUGACCGCUUCGUCAGUCCCAGGAUGAGAGUGUCCUUCAUCGUGUUCUCAGCCUCAGCUAAAGUGCUGCUGCCUCUGACAGGAAACAGACAUGAGAUUGAAGAAGGUUUGGAGAAUCUGCGUCAGGUGAAACCAGCAGGUGAAACGUUCAUGCACGAGGGGAUCAAACAGGCCACAGAUCAGAUGAAGAAACAGACGCAGACGUCCAACAGCAUCAUCCUGGCUCUGACCGACGGGAAGCUGUCGGUGUACGUGCACGAGCUGACGCUGAAGGAGGCGGACGAAGCGCGGCGAUACGGCGCUCGAGUUUACUGCGUGGGAAUCAAAGACUUUGACGAGCAGCAGCUGGCAGAAAUCGCAGACACCAAGGACCAAGUGUUUCCUGUCAAAGACGGUUUCCACGCCCUCAAAGGCAUCGUCAAUUCUAUAUUAAAGCGCUCGUGUACAGAGAUUCUGACUGUGGAACCGUCCAGUGUCUGUGUGAACGAAACCUUCGACAUCGUCCUCAGAGGAAACGGAUUCACUCAGGGACGGAGCAGUGAAGGAGUGAUGUGUAGUUUCAUCAUCGACCAACAGACCAUCAAUAAUAAACCCAGUGUGGUUCGCAGUGAUUAUCUGCUGUGUCCUGCUCCAAGACUGUAUGAGGAGGGACAAUCCAUGGACGUUCUCAUCAGCCUCAACAACGGGAAGACGUUCAUCUCCUCUGCCUUCACCAUCUCUGCAUCCACCUGUUCUGAUGGUCUGGUAGUUGCCAUCGUCUUCCUGGUUCUGCUCCUCCUCCUCGCUCUCGCUCUCAUGUGGUGGUUCUGGCCUCUGUGCUGCACACUGGUCAUCAAAGACCCGCCUCCACCGCUGCCUCCUUCUCGGCCGCCGCCUCCUGAACCCGAGGCUCUGCCAAAGAGCAAAUGGCCAACAGUGGACGCGUCGUACUACGGAGGCCGAGGAGCCGGAGGAAUCAAACGGAUGGAGGUGCGUUGGGGGGAGAAAGGUUCCACAGAGGAGGGGGCUCGGCUGGAGAAAGCUAAGAACGCUGUGGUGACAGUUCCAGAGGAAACAGAUGAACCCAUGGUCCAGCGUCCUAGAAAUCCAGCUCCAGUUCAGCAGCAGCCCCAACACAAGUGGUACACGCCCAUCAAGGGUCGUCUGGACGCUGUGUGUGCUCUGCUACGACGACAAUACCACAGAGUUUCACUCAUGAGACCAACGUCUGCAGAUCAGGGUCGAUGCAUGAACUUCGAGCGUGUUCAGCGUCAGUAGAAGAAGAAGAAGAAGAAGAAAAACAACAACAGGAGCUGGUUUUUUAUUUGAAUCUUUCUUUUUUAUUUUCUUCACUCUGCUUCAGCCUUAAAUUAUUUUACACUUUUACGUUAAAUCUAAAAACGACUUUCAUUGUAAACGAGCUGAAAACAAACAAACAUGGCGUCUCGGUCGUCGUGGAAAAAAAGAAUUUCUAAAAGAAGACGAAAACAAGAUGGCGGCGGUGGGCGGGGCUGUUGGCCUUUGGCGCGUCAGUGAGUCACAAGUCAAAGCUCCUCUCGGCGACGUCUCCUCGUGAAUCCUGUCCAACUUCACUCGUCGUCCUGCGGCGGCGCCGAGACCGCGACUGUCGCUUUAACGCACGCAUGACCAACUGUGGACACGCCCCCAGGUCCUCAGCACGUCCACGCCUCUCCCUGGACUUCUGUGAAGACACCUCUUCCUGUUCUGUCUCUCUUUCUUUCAGGAAGACAAAAUUAUUAGAGCGUGUUUGAACCGCGGGACAGUCUCCUCCCCCUCCUCCUCGCCAUCAUCGCCGCCAUCACCACCGCGGCGGCGUCUGUGGCUCAGUUUGAGGGAUUGAUGCCUUUAAGACCUUGACAUGGUGUUUGAGUUCAGUCUGUUCAGCAGGGCGUAGCACGCACACACACACACACACACACACACACACACACACACACACACACAGGCCGCCAUUGCCGCCGUCUCCACCGCGUCUCACGACUCACAGAAAUCAAAGUUUAAUUAAAAUAAUUAAAGUGAACAGAAGCGGCCGCCUGUGACACACACAACUGCACGACAACACACACAACAACUGCGCGACAACACACACACAACUCAUUUAAUCCCAAAUCACUCAUUUAUCGUUUUCUUUGUCGAGCGCGAGGUCACAACGUUACCGACACACACAGUGUGUGUGUGUGUGUGUGUGUGUGUGCUGGAAUAAUCCAGUCACUUCAGAUUGUGUACUUCACCCACAGAUUACAGAUUGGAGUGGAAACCUGCCAAAGCGCGGCGGCGGCGGCGUUGACGUGCAGUCGUAUAGACAAUGACCGGUGGCGGGGUCAGUGGCGUGUCUGUGUGUGGGCGGGGACACGUCGUCAUGUGACACUAAAAAUAAGUUCAACAACCAUCAAGUUUGAGAGGAGGAGGGGGCGGGGCUUAGGGAUCAUUGUUAUUAUUGUUCCUUUGUUUCCUGUGUGUGUGUGUGUGUGUGUGUGUCUGCAAUCGACUCGUCAGCCUGUUUGAAGACGUUAAACAACACGAGACGCCAUCUUUGUCACAUGACUCAUGAUAAUAAUAAUUAUGAUUAUUGUAAUAAAAUCAUUAGAUUUUGUUUUUAAAAAGAUUUAAAAUUCAAAAACUUUCUUUUCUGUCAUUUUGUUUCUUUUCUUUUCUACUUUAAAUAAAUUCAUGUUUUCAUGCUCGCUGAUCACAUGAUGAUCUUCACUGUUGAAUGUAUAGAAAUUCACUCUGCACCUUUAACUUCAGGUCACAUGAUCACACGCACGCGCGUGUGUGUGUGUUUCUAAAAAUCUAAUUAUAAAAAUGUUUU